AGAUUAAAUCUUUGAGAAAAAUCGUGGUGGCUGGGGACUGUAGUUCAAGAUUGAAGCUUGAUUGAGCUGAGAAGAGAGCGAUGGCUUCUGUAUCAAGAUCAAAGCUUCUGCAAUUUAACCGCUGUCACUUCACCUUAACCCGUGAUUUUUACAGCGACGCCUCUCUCUUUCAUAGGAGUUUUACGAGGUUGUUGUGUAGCGCACGUUGUCCUAAAGAUGCUUGGUCUCAACCACCACCAACUACUCACUCCAUUCCCCCUCUCUGCAACACCAAGCUCUUCUCAUCUUCCUCAGCCAUGGCCUCCAAUCUUAGCUCUUCGUCUUCCAAGCUUGUAUUGUAUUCAUACUGGCAAAGCUCAUGUUCUUGGCGGGUCCGUUUCGCUUUAAAUCUCAAAGGUCUUUCUUAUGAAUAUAGGGCAGUAAAUCUCAGUAAAGGAGAGCAAUUUGAUCCUGAAUUUGAGAAACUGAAUCCUCUUGGGUAUGUCCCGGUGUUGGUUGAUGGUGGUGAUGCAGUGAUUGCUGAUUCUUAUGCAAUUUUAUUGUAUUUGGAGGAGAAGUAUCCAAAACAUCCACUGUUGCCACUCGAUCCUCAAUUAAGAGCUAUUAAUCUUCAGGCUGCAAGCAUUGUCAGCUCGAGUAUACAGCCUCUUCAUAUGCUUUCGUUGCUAAAGCAUGUCGAGGAAAGAUUUGGUCCAAACGAGGGACAAACGUGGGCUAAACUGAACAUUGAAAAAGGUUUCUGUGCCCUCGAGAAGUUGCUGAUCCGAUAUGCGGGCAGACAUGCUACAGGAAACCGAGUUUAUCUGGCCGAUGUGUUUUUGGCCCCACAGAUUGCCAUUGCAGCCGAAAGGUUUCAUAUUGAUAUGUCCAAGUUCCCUACUCUACAUGCAAUAUACAAUUCAUGCAAGGAAUUGCCAGAAUUCCAAGCCUCUUCACCACAAAACCAACCUGAUGCUGCAUUGUGAAUCUUGCGACCAUCCAGCAGAAAUUUAUUUCUAAAGGAAAUUGUGGCAUUUUUUGGUUUUAGUUAUCUUAAAACUAUAUUCUUGUACUGAGACUGUCCACAUGAUGUGGUUUGAAUAUGGAAGAUUUAGU